AUGACCAGACGAGCCUUUUUGGCCGUCGCCUUUGUGUUGUCGCUCUUGGCGCAAUUUCAUAUCCACCGCUCGGGUAUAUCAAUUGCCGUAUCGCCAUUUUUCGAUGACCAAGCUGUCAUUCCAUCUUUAUCGGUAACGGCAAGAGAAUGGGAGUAUCGAACGAAUCACCAGCCAGCCGCAACCAAUACAGACCCGACGACGGAAAGGGGAAUGGAUGCUGGUGACUCCGUGUCGAAUCUACUCGAGGGCCUUCCCGAUUGGGUGCGCACCUACAUUGACUGGCAUCAGCUCCAACGCCAAAAAUUUCCUGGCACAAAACUGUUUACCGACCCCGCUGCUCCUCCUGUACUCCUGCGGACGUGUUACCGCAUAUGUGGCGGCCUACACGAUCGAUUGGGCAAGCUACCCUGGGAUCUGUAUCUAGCCAACCAAACGGGUCGCGUCUUGCUCAUGAAUUGGUGCCAUCCGGCACCACUUGAAGAGUUUUUGCUGCCUAAUUUGCUGGAUUGGACCCUACCACGGGAUCUAAAUGCUGCCUCCGUGGAUGACGGAGUCCCCGCUGCCAUGAGGUUGUUUCACAACGAAACAACGUGCCUAUGGACCGAAAAGAUGAUUCCUACUUUGUUCGACGAGGCGUCACACGAGCAUAGACCUCGGCCCGAGUUUUGGUCACACUACUUGGACGAGGGCAUUCGCCAAGAUAACGUUGCGAGAGGCGAUCAGAAACGCCUUCAAGAGAAAAAGGUUGUGCGGCAUCGCAUUCUGGGGGGAGAAUUGGAGUUUCAGAAGCGACUGGAAAUGGCUGGGGAAACGACCGAUUUGAUCGACUGGACACCGUCCUUUGGCAAGAUAUUUGGGGUUUUCUUUCAGCCCAGCUUUGGUGUACAGCGAGAACUGGACAAAGUGUAUCGAGAUCUGCGUCUAAUACCGGGUCAAUAUUCGGCCGUCCACUGCCGGGUUCGUCAUCCCAAGGGAAUAAAAAAGUUUUCCAAAGGAAAAACACCCGUACCGGGCGGCCCUGAUCGAGUAGGCUUACUGUGGGAAGGUGAGGGCCGGGAAUUUGCAAUUGAAACGGCGGUCCACGCCCUGCAAUGUGGACAAACCUUGCUCCACCAGGGCGCCAAUGAAAUGGAACCCAUAUACUUUUACUCUGACUCGGAAGACUUGGUGCGCUACGUGACGAUCGAGCUGCAUGACCCCAUGUUUGAGAAAAAUUACUCGUCCAUUUUAGAUUCCAACAAGAUCCACGCCACAGCUCGCAAGGUAGUGCAAAGGAGUCGCAUUGUGGGGCGGCACGAUGGGACAGCUAAUCUACAUAUUGAUCGACAAGGGGGAGCUAAACCGACAGCGUAUUACGGAUCCUUCGUUGACCUAAUGGUUGCGGCACAGUCUCGUUGCGUCACUUACGGAGUCGGCAACUACGCCAUGUUCGCUUCCAAAAUAUCUGGCUCCAGUUGUCGCCUUCAACACCAAGAAGAAUCAUGGGGGGUAGACGAAAACAAGAAGGAGCGGACAAAGCUCUGCUCACUCCCGUCGUAG